CCAGCUUCUAAAAGCAGCAGGUACUGCCGCAUUGUCGUCUCUGCUGUCUGCUGGAAAUACUUGAACCGUCCGGGAUGGAUCUGUUCGCCUUUAACUCGCUUCUCUUUCUGCUGUCUUUUAUCGGUUCCUGUGCAGGAGAAGCCGUGCUACCCGAGGGUCCUGUGGAUGUAAUUCUGGGAAAGAAUGCCACCAUACAGACGCUGCUUAAUAAACCUACCUACACGUUUAUAAUCUGGUAUUUCGUCGUCGAAGGCGAAAGGGAUCGUGUGGCUACGGUGGGCGAUGCAGGGCUGAAUGUGGCCCCAGCUUGGGAGGGGAGGGUGUCGAUCAACAAGGACAACGGUUUUCUUUCCCUGGCAUCUGUGAAGUCUGAGGACAGCGGUGAUUACAGCAUCAGUAUCAUAACAGCUGAUGGGUCAGCGAGAACUGGAGACAUCCAGCUCCGAGUCCUAGAGCCGGUGUCUGCUGUGGCCAUCAAGUCCAACCUGCCUGAGGCCCUCGAGCACAACAGCACCGUGGUUCUGACCUGCUCCGCUAAAGGCUCCUUCCUCAAGUUCACCUGGAUCAACGGCACCACUCCCAUUUUGGCAGACGGCAAAAAGAUCACAGUAAAAGAUGAGGAAUUAUCCAGCCAACUCACCAUCGCAGGCGUUCUCAGGUCAGACCUGGUCGGUCCGAUCUACUGCUUGGCUGCCAACAAGCUGGAGACGGAGAAGAGCGCCCCCUUCAACCUCACCGUCUACUACGGACCAGAUGAAGUCACCAUCACUCCAGCGAAGCCCCCCCAGUUCCUCCAGGCCGGCACCAACUUCAGUCUUUCCUGCGCCUCCCACUCUAGCCCGCCCGCCACCUUCACGUGGCACUACGGCCAGAAGGCGAUCGAGAACCCCGGAGCCGUCCUGACCCUGAAAACAAUCGAGAAACUGGGAUUAGGGAAGAAAGCCGAGGAUUACACAUGCAGGGCCAAUAAUGCCAAAACAGGACGGACCAUCUCCUCUCCUGUGGUGUCCUUCGCUGUGUUAGACCCCAUCCUUGGUGCUAAAGUCACGGGUCCCACUGGGACCCUCAUCGCUGGAAACAGCACGGCCAACCUCAGCUGUGAGGCCACGUCAGGCACCGUGAAGACCCGGACCUGGACCAAAGAUGGACAACCUCUGACCGCCAGCUCCCGCAUCGUGUUCUCUAGUGAUAUGAGCUCUGUGAUGAUCAACCCGCUGCAGAAGGAGGACAACGGAGAGUUCAUGUGUGUGCUCAGCAACCCCGUCAACCAAAACAAAGCCUUGCACAAGAUGGUGGUCAACUACGGUCCAGAUUCUGUGCAGGUGGACGGCGAAAAAGCCGUAGAAGUGAAUGAACUCGUGACCAUCAUGUGCGCCGCUCCCUCCAUCCCGGCCGCCAACAUAACCUGGAAGUUUAACGGCACGCUGACCAGUGUGACAACGGCCAAGUAUGUCAUCGAGAAGGCCGUCUACAAAAACUCCGGAACGUACACAUGUGAGGCACAAAACCCACUUACCAUGAAGACCAUGAAGGCAACCCACACCCUGUCCGUCAAAGAGGAGGGAGCGUUGGAUGAAGGUCUCUCAGACGGAGCCAUCGCUGGAAUAGUCAUCGCCAUCCUCGUCGCUCUCUGCGCUGCCAUCGCUCUGAUCAUGUACUGCCGACAGAAAGUACCGGUCGAGUCCCCAUACUAAAGAUGUCCUACCCACUGCUGGAGAUACUGGCCCAAACAUCCAACCAUUCUGUUUCCCAUGAGGCACCUGUGCAGGAGGAGGGGGGAGCAUCCAGUUUGAUCCAGCUGGUUUCCUGUGAAGUCCUCGCCCCAAACAAUACUUCCCAUCAUCCCUUUCUCUCCCUUUGAUGACGAGGAUGUUAAUGGAAACUUGAUUUUAGAAAAAAUGACAGACUUUAAGUGCAGUUUUUGGAUUAAUUGUUGGAGUUUCCAACCCACUCUGGUCUAACUUUUUAAAGUUUCAUUUCCUACCUUUGUUUUUCACCUUGCCUGCCCCAUGAGCGGGUCACGACCUCCCCGCUCUUCUUCUCCUCCUCAUGUUAAAAAAAAAAAAAAAGUGUCCAUCAUCUUUUUUCCCCUCGCCGCCUCCUCCAGGAAACCAAAAACACGGAAAUACUCACAGACGUUUCCUGGACUAGAGCUGACUGACUGACGGUUCUGAUGAGUGACUCUCUUUAUCCUGCUGGAAACCCGAGUAGGAAACACCCCCCCGCUGGAAGAGUAGAGGACUGUGACGGCUGGCUGAUCACACAGAGGCCACACACAUCGACGUUCAAGGCUCUGCAUGGGUUAAAAUAGUAUCUGACAAAGUUCUGAGGCUUGAUUUAUCUCACUGUCUGUGCUGGGCGGGUGGAGUUUAGCAGAUAGGGGGAGUUUCAGGUGCAGCGGAGGGUUUCAGAGUCUGUUUUUAGGAGCUUCUGUGUACCUGCCAGCGUUACUAGAGGUCGGUUUGGUCUGAAAUACCUCAGUUUAUCUUAGAAAAGUUGUGUCCAGCCCACACCCGUAAAAACACGCCGCCAGAUGAGAUUUUUCUUUACUACGAAACUUCACAAGCACAUUUCCCUGUCCUGGCCCUCCCUGUCCAGCUGCUGUACAUAACUUUACUGUUGUCUCUUCAUACUAUCAAGCACAACCCCUAAACUGAGCUUUAAGCAUCUUAAAAACAAUGAAAGCCCAAUUAUGAAAGGCUAUUUAAAUGUUUUAACAGAGUUGUUUCACUCCAUCAUUACCAUUCAAAAUUUUUGGGUCAAUUCAUAAAAAAUAAUUUAUUUAAAUGUAAGUUUAAAAAUCCUUCUGAAAAUGGAAUACAUAAUAUUGUAAAAAUAGGAUGCUCUUCGCGAUACCGUAGGUUUUUAAACUGAUUUAAAAUCUUUGUUAAUGAGCCCAGAGUAUUAAAAAGUUCCACAUCUUAAGCCGUACUUUUAACUAGAAGCCAUGCAAGCAAAUAAAGUGAGCACCGUCUAAAUUGCAAAAAUAAAUUUGCAGUCUGGUGAAUGUUGCUGUAGAGGGAGUGUGCAGGAGUUUGCUGGCAGUUUUUAAUGAUUACAAGAAAUAACCCAAUAUCAAAUGCAUCAAACUAUUAUUUUUGUGGCCUCUCGGGUAUCGUGACAUGCUAAAAUAUAAAAUCAGGUAUCAUAACAAUCCUAAGAAUAUGAGUAGAACUUUAGAUUUAGUUUUUAAUGUCUUGAUGUGUUUUUUCAUGGUAAAGUGCCUUUAUAGACAAACGAGAAUGUGAAGGAGAAGCAAAAACUUUAUAAAGGCUGAUUUCAUGUUGAAAAGGUUGAAUAUUAAAACUUUAAACUAAUGGCUCCCUGAUUUGACAGUUUUUCUUACAAAAAAUGGCAGAGCCCACAUUAGCUCAUUUGUUACUGGAUGAUAAGCUAAUAUGUUGUUACGCUAGCUUAACUGAGCUGAUUUACAAUGUUUUAAGUCUUUGGAAAUGUUGAAAUUAAAACUGGCUCUUUCACUUUUUCCUUUUAUGCCUUUACAAUUUUAUAUUUCCUUUGCUAUGUUAGCCAGUCGCUGCAUUAGGUAGUUGUUACAUUAGCUAGUCGCUGUAUUAGCUAUUUGUUACAUUGGCUAGUUGUUAGAUUAGCUAGUCGUUGCAUUAGCUGUUUGUUAUGUUAGCUAGUUUACACAUUAGCUAUUCACAAUGUUAGUUAUUUGUUAUGUUAGCUAGUUGUUAGAUUAGCUAUUUGUCACGCUAGCUGGUCUUUAGCAUCCAUGUUGCUUUCUCCUCAGAGCCAGCGUUCUAGCUUUCACUACUGGCUAACAAUACUAUCUUUGAAGGCAUCUUGCAAUGGGCAAAAAGCACCAAAUAGUGGCAAUAAUGGGCAAAUAUGAGAAAAGUGGCUUAUAAUGGCAAAAGGCAUCUUAAAAAGCAAAAAGGGCAAAAAGAGGGAAAAAUUGCACAUUGGAAAAAGCAGGAUAAAAGGGGCGAAAACAGGAAAGAGGGGCCAAAAAUGGGCAAAAAGUGUAAAAAAAAAGUGGCGAAAAUGGAUUCAAAGUGGCAAAAAGAGUGCAAAUAAGGACAUUGAAAGUGUACCUACAUUAUAACUAGGGUUGACAACUAAAGCCUACUGUAAAAGUGUUGGAAACAAACUGAUCAUGUGACUUGCAAUGGAUCACUUCUGAGGUCAAAGUUUCCCUUUUUUAAGGUUUUCUGUGGGAAUGAUAAUUGAAAUUAAGACAUAAAGGAGCUGCGCGUUGAGUAUCGCUGCGCUAAAUGGUUAAAUUCAGAUUUAUGAGUGAGAUAAACAAAUAAUUCACUUUUUCUUGGCCAGUCUUUGCCAACUAUAAUGGUCAAUCACUCCAUCUAAACUGUAAUUCAGCCACCCACCUCUAGUAGCCACUGUAGUUAAUCAUAACGACGACGGCCUCGCAGCCAUAAUGCUCUUUAAUCUGAAAAAAACAGCCACUAACUAAUUUAGCACCGAUAGCAUCUUGCAGGAACAGCAUGUUCAGCACUAGUUUGAGCUAGGCAGUGGGGAGGAAGUUGAUAGAAUAGAAAUGUUAUGCAACGAUAUUCAGCUCAGGAAUGUGGACGUUAGCCUGCAAGGAGGUUCUGAGGCCAGCAGUGCUAGCACGGCUAACUUUAGCCACAUUCUCCAAACCAGCUAUGCACAGAUAUGGUUAAAUUCUUAGAAAAAAGUCAGAAUUUUGACUUUAAUCUUACAAUUUGAAAAAAAAGUUGCAUUUGAAUUUGUUUUCCAGCGGUCUAUCCUCUUCCAUACAUGAGUGUAUGGACGGUGACAGUGGCGUCAUUGACGAUGCAUGGAUCUGUUUUAUACCUAAAGGGAGCUUAACUACCUUAACACAUCUCUAAGUUGGUAAAAGUUACGGCUAACGCCACUUUGCAGGCUAAAGCUCCUCAGCUGCAGCAUGUAAGCUAACCUGCUGAUGUCUCUGUGUUGUUUACUCUUCAUCACCACUAACACGCUGUCUGCAGGUAACACGUAGGCUACAGCACACCUUUAUUUACACCUGCUGCCACCACACCUCUUUGGAGGUUUGAAUUCCUCCACUAGAAAGCACAAAGAGCUUUGUGCAACAUUAGCAUGUUUAUGUCCCCUCACUCUCUACCUUCACUCUCCUCUUGUUUCCAGUCGAGGAUCCUCUUCAGUGUUUGUGUAAAUCGUCCUUUAAUGUCUUCUGUGGAGGUGCGUGAGAGUAGAAAGAGGAGGACGAGGGAGAUGUUUGAGGACAAGACUCAACAUGCAGGAAGGAGUCAGCGAGGGGCGGGCGGGGGGAAAUGAAAGAGGGAAAAAAGGCGGGAAGGUUUUUGUUAGCAGUUACAUUCUUUGAAUUUUGGAGGGAAAGCUUGGUGAGGUUCAGGGCGGUGCUACGAGUUUAUUUUAACUGUACAAUAGAGCUCAGCAGUGACACUCGAAGUAAAUGUCCCAUUCAUUUUCUCCACAGAGGAUUUGAUUGUUAGCAAUAAAACCAAAUUUACCAGAGCUACCUUAGUGAGAAACAAAGGUAGCUUAAAUCAGCCUGUAGGUGACACAAAUUAAACAUCAGCAGCCCACGACAACCUGUUGUACGUUUUAAGAAAACAUUUGUUCCUUUGGCAUAGAAAUACUACAGUACCCACAAUCCUAGGUUGGUGGAGCCUGCUGUUACAGUGGAAAUGUCAGCUGUUGGUGAUAGAGUAAAAUAUAAGACAAAUUAUUCACAUUAUAACAUUUCAAUAAGGCUAAAGGUCAGUGAAGGUUUAGAAAGUUUGAAAAUCUCUCAUUUAUUCAGAGUUAAAGGAACUGCAGUGGAUUGUGGGAUGUGUAGUUACUUCAGCCUCAGAUGAAAUGUCUUAAAUGUCUUCUACCGUUGCCUUUUUCUCAGUUUUGGAUGCAUUUUUUGCUCUGAAUCAGAUGUUUGUAGUCACAAGGAUUGGCUCAGUUCCUGGUUUACAGAAGAGGAUCAGGCUACUGAAAAAAUAUUAAUAUUUUUUGGUCCAACUUAAUUUCCAGUUCUGAGAAAAAAAUUUAGAAAUCCUGAGAUUAAAGUCAAAAUUCUUAAGAUUAAAGUCAAAAUUUUAAGAUUAAAGUCAGAGUUCUGAAAGAAAGUUGGAAUUCUGAAAAAAAAAAAUCAGAAGUUUGACUUUAAUCUUAGAAUUCAGACUUUGAUCUUGAAAACCAGACCUUAAUCUCUAAUUCAGACCUCAAUCUCAAAACCAGAUCUUAAUCACGGGAUCCAGACUUUGAUCUCAGAAUCUAGACUUUGAUCUUGGAAUCCAGACCUUAAUCUCAGAUCCAGACCAUAAUCUCGUAAUCCAGACUUUAAUCUCGAAAUCCAGACCUUAAUCUCAGGAUCCAGGUUUUAACCUCAGAAUCCAGACUUUAAUCUUGGAGUCCAGUUUUUUUUUUCUCUGAAAUUUGACAUUAAUUUCAAAAGUCUGACAUCAAUCCAGGCCUUUUUCUCAGAAUUCCAACUUUAAUCCAGAAUUCUAACCUUUAAUCUUGGAAUUUUUUUUUUUUUUUUUCUCUCUCAGAAUUUUGACUUCCUCAGAACUCUUUCAUUAAUCUCAAGAUUCAUACUUUAUUCUCAAAAAUUUAACCUUAAUCUCAGAAUCCAGACUGUUUUUUUUCCCUUCAUAUUUAAUUUAAUCACAGAACUCUGACUUUAUUCUCAGAAAUCAAACCUUAAUGUUAGAAUCAGACCUUUUUCUCAGAAUUGUAACUUUCAUCUCAGAAUUUGGACUUUAAUCUCAGAAUUCUGGCUUUCAUCAGCUUUAAUCCCAGACUCUCGACUUUUAUCUCUGAAUUACUUUUCAUUUGUUCUCAGGAUUUUGACUUUAUUCUGGGGCUUCUGACUUUAAUCUCUCUUUCCAACCUUAAUUCAAGAGUUAAAUAUAUAUAUAUAUAUAUAUAUAUAUAUAUAUAUAUAUAUAUAUAUUUUUUUUUUUUUCAUAUGUUCAUAUAGAGAUUUUCCUGAAAUGUCAGUGGAGGAUUUGAGCAGGGAAAUCUACUCCCGUCACUUCUGAGCUCUGUUACAUUUUGAUUUAAGAUGUUUUAGAUUGAACGGCAGGUUUUACUAAAGAAAAACAUGAGUAAACACGGAAACAUCAGACAAAGCAGACUGUUUUUGUAUUUUUGAAGUUGAGCCUUUGACUAUAGGGAGCCUGUAAGCUGGCUGACUUCUUUAUUUUUCCAUGUGGUUCGGUGUGACUUCAGACUUCCUCGUGCACUGAUCUCCAGGGAGAAAAGUAUUUAUUUUGUUUAGAAAUCUUUAAGAACUGGAGCUGAAGAUCAUAGCUGGUCUGGAGGUCACAUAGUCAGAUACUGGUGUUCUUGCAGUGCCUUUCACCCCGAAAUACUCCUUUAUUUCUAACAUAUGAGCGUCUCUGGUUUAGAUCACAUAAUGCAGAAUGUAUUAAAACAGCGUAUCAUGAAGAUAUGACCCAAACAGACACGUUCAUGUGGUAGAAAACCACCCUCGUUGUAAAUACCAGACAGAGACACUGUUGUUUUUGUGGCAUUUUUUUAAUAUAUGUGGGGUUUAUUGUUUCUUAUUUUGAUUUAUUUGUUAAGAAAUGUUUGUUUUUGUUCCUCUUAAGUUUACUGAAACUGUCUCUCCUUGACUCAAAUCCUGUAAAAAACAAAAAAGUGAAAUAAAUUUCCUGUCUGUGAAAUCUGUGUUCCAUAUUACAGCUCUGUAAAGUCAUAAACCUUGAGGGAAUAUUUUCCUAAUUUUGUCGUGUUUGUUGUGCUCUCAUUAAUUUUACACAGAUGCUUCAAAAGGAAAACGACCAAUCAGGACGUGUUUAUU